UGGAACGUGGAAAUAGUGAAAACAGGUCAGGUUAGGUUAGUGUUAUCCGCCACAGCGGCCACAGCCACAGUCACGUCCUAUUCUGGAAUUAUUGCCGCCUGUGAUCUCACGCUGGCAUUAUUUUAAUUUCCUUCUUUCGCACGAUCUCUGUGAAAUGCUUCACGAUCCCACGGACGAGACGUACAGAAAACCACGCCAACUCAGGAACACGCCGCUGCAGAGAUAUAUUCGACUCGGAUCGCUCUUCAUAACCCUUUGUUUCGCUGGAGCGAUGUACAUUUCCUAUAGAAGACAUUGUUCUGAUCCCGAAGUGAUAAAGGAGUAUCAAGCCCUACAACUCUCCGCAGACGAGCGAUCUAUGUUAGAAGAUUAUUCUGCAGUUCCACUUUUGAGAGGCACUAUUGAAAAGCUGUUUGAGAGGCAGCAGGCUAAAGCGAAAGAGGAAGCCGAAUCGAAGGAUACGCAAGCUGAUGUUUAAACAACAAAACAUUUAAAGUUCAUACAACAAUAAUGGAGGUUGAAAAGGAUGGAUUCUGUAAGCCUGGUAGUUCGCAGAGAAGAUUGAGAUUAAGGAAAAAUUAUAAAGAAAGCAUAGAUAAGGCUCAACUUUCUGAUAAUUCCAAUAAUGAAAACAAGGAUGAUACCGCUUGUACGUCUCAAUCUCCAUGUGAUGAUGACAGUAUAUUGGAUUUUAAAUCGCCAAAAAGAACGGAUUCCUUACAGUCGAAAAUUAGGAAUACACUUUCAGAUAAAGCCAAGAAAAAAGUACUCCGCUCUAAAUCUAAAAAUAUUAACAAUGAAAAGAAAUCCAGGAGCAAAAAGUCAUUACAGAAUAAAAAGAUUUUUCGCGAUGUGCAACAACCAUUGAUCGAAUCGUCUUUUUUCAAAUCUGAAAAGAAAGAAGUAGAAUCACCGCAGUGUUCGACUGACGAAAAUGCGAAAACGGCUUACGUAUGCCCGUUGUGCUUAAAAAAUUUUAAAGAUGAAAGUUCGAAAACUGUACAUAUGAAAAGUUGUGCUACAAAAAAUAAUGUGUCCACAAAGAAGUUAAUGGACGCCGUGGAGCUGCACGAACGGCAAGCUGCAGAAAGGAAGUCGUUGGGGCUACUCUCUGCUCCUCUAUUACAAGACAAGAAGAAACCUGCCCCACGUAAAAUGGCAUCGCGUGAUGACCCUGAUCUGCAGCUUGCUUUAGCACUUUCCAAAUCUCUAUGUGAAAAAGAGGAAAUGGAAGAGUGGGACGAAGUUCAGAUCGUGGCCAUAUCCUCUAAUCCAUCGAUGCCAGAUAAUAAUGCAGAAUGUCCUCAGAAAGCGACAUUGCAAAGUUUUGGGUUUAGUAGCAGUAGAAACACGUUACCAACAAAUAAUUGGCCUACCAGUAGAAGACCUACUAGGAAAAGAAAGCUUAUUGAACCAACUAUUUUGCAAAGACGUACCGCUGUAGAAAGAGAACGUAUCUUAACAGAGAGAAUAGCUGAGAUACUUAUGGGAUAUAAGGAUUUUACUCAAAAAUCUCAAACAGAAAAAACAGAAGAAUUUAACGACGCUAAAGAGAAAAUUGUUAUAAAGAGUCAAUUACUUCAACAAUUACAUAAAAUUGAGAAUACAUUGUGGGAUAGGACAAAACUAAUUCUAAUUCAAGAUAUAUUUUAUGUAGACCAUUUAUCGCCUCAAAUAAUACCGUUAGAAAAGAAAGAGCAGAAAUUAAAUGAAGAGCAGAAUCUUGUAAAGCUUAUGGAAAUAAAUGAAAGAAGUGUAAAGAACGAAAGAUUUUUGGAUAAUGAACAAAUGCAGGAAAUAAAGGAAAUACAUACUGUAAAAACAACGGAUAAGGAUGAAGCAUUAACGAUCUCUUCAAAUACAGUCAAUAUAUGUUGUGAAGAAAAGAAAUUCCUUGACGAUCUAGCAACAAGUUGGAGAAAUAUGCUUAAUGACAGUUCUGCAAGUGACAUUAUUUUGUUUGUGAAAAAUGGCAGAUACAUAUGGACGCAUAAAUUAGUUUUCUACACACGUUGCACAAAUAUUUUACUUGAUGUAAUUUCUAAUGAUACAGAGUUCCCUACUGCAAAAGAAAAGAUUUGUUGGCUUGAUACAGAUUAUGAUGUUGCCUUGGCCUUUCUGGAAUUUGUCUAUUGUGGGAUAAUCGAUAGAUAUUCAAAAAUACUUGAUUCUGAGACAUCUUUAUCUGGUGUUCGAGCUUUAGGAAGGAAGUACAAAAUACAUGAUUUAUUUGCUUAUUUGCGUCAAAAGGGAUUUAAAUCUAGCGUAGAAGUUAAAUAUGAUUAUAAUACUUAUGAAAAAGAUACAGAAAAUGUACAUCCAAAUGUGGAAACGGCUUUAAAUAUUUCAAAGUUAGGCAAAUCUUUCAACGCAUCACCGAAUCGUACGCAAGAUGUUGUGGAAGGCAUUCAGUGCCCUAAUAACAUGCUUUUGCAGGGGGAUGUUAAUGAUGAUUUACAUUCUCUUGAAAACGAUUACAUAUCUCCAAAGAACUUGUGCGUGUUGAAAGACGAAAAUUCUGCUUUAAUGAAAAAGGAAAUAAACUCCAGAAGCAAUACACCUGUAAAAUGGGAAACUAGUGGAUCUCCUGACUUGUUCGAUGACACGCCUGUAAUGAAACAUAACGAUAAAUCCACAAUACAUCCUAAAAACCUUGAAGAUUCUAAUAUUCACAUAUUACUGAGUUUGAUUAAACAAGAUGCGGAUAUUGAUAUCUGUAGUCAGAAAUCAUUAAAGACCCAGAACGCAGAAUAUUCAGAAUUAGACAAAGACAUACCUACCUGUUCGAAAAAUGUGGAAGAAAGUCUAAUGGAAAUUGAUCCAGAUCCCGAAUCAAAUUCUUUGAAAGUUUUUAUAGACGACAUACAUAAAGAUUCUUUAAUUGGUACUCCUCAAAGCAGUAAAUCGAAAUAUAUCCAAGAUGGUCUUUCAGAAAUAAUUAAACAGAAAAGUAAUCUCACAUUAUUUAUCGAAAAAAUUCAGAACGAAAACGCGAAAUUAGAUAAGGCAUCAGAUUCGAACAUGGACAAUCUUACAGAUAUCUCAAUUGUACAAGUAUCUCCUAUAAGGCAGAAGAAUCCAUUUUAUAUAGACAAACAUGAUAACUCUGAUCUUCAAUCGUACGACAACAAUGAACAGUCGAUUGAUACAAAGGAAAGACCCGGUAGAUUAACUAUGACAGAGCAACAUAUGCAAUCAUACGCUGUCAAAAAUCCAGAAUUUUAUCCUCGUCUUUCUAAUGAACAUGUGGAAGAUGUUAAACAGACUAAUAGUUCGUAUAUAGAUUCUCUAUCUCCUGAGAAGAUAAUGGAAUCUUCCCAUAAUAAUAUAUUGAAUUGUACACAAAACUUUACUUCACCAAGUGAGAAACACGUGAACAUUUCGCAUCAAGUCACAACUGUGUCAGGUGUAUGUUCGCAACGUUCUGAAACAAUGAAUCAAUCGCUUAGCGAAACCUUCCUUGAUUUAGAAACGAAAGAGGAAGACAUUUCUAUGUAUUCUAAAUACAUGAGAGAUCACAAGGACAAUAGCAUAGCAAAGUAUCGCACAGCAAUCAGUAGAAAUAAGUCGGAUAGUAAUCUGUCUGAUAAAAGUACGUCAUCUGAUUCGAUCAAUGUAGAUAACAUCAGCGAGGCUGAGAAAGAUGAAAUUUUGACUCGAUGUGUUUUGACACAAAAAGAUGCGGAUAUAAUUGUUUCAUCAGACACAGAUGUUGAAAGCAUAUCUUUCAGUGUUGUCUCAGAAAACGAUGACUUCAACCAUGAAAAUAUAUCUCAAGCUCUGCAACAGUCUAAAAAAGAAACAGAAGAUAACAACAAACAGGAUACAGAAAAUAGAAACAGCAAUCAAUUGCUCGAAGUUGAGAAAUUUUCAAAAGCGAUGAACACGGAAGAAGGAAAGGAUGUUAAUCAAAGCGCAACUAAAUCAAAUCUAGAUAAUUUAAAUAUUACAGAGAUAACGUCUAUGACACAAAAAUCUGGAUUAAAUGAUGAUCAGGAAAAGAAAUCCGUUUCAAGCCCGAUUAUGCUAUCCUCCAGCCCAGAUUUUUCAAAUAAUGAAAGCUGCAGUCCGAUUUUAAAUAUGGAAAAUUUGCUUGAAGAUGAACACUGUACCAAAAAUGUCUCAGAAACAAGUGCUUGUAAAUUAAAGUCAAUCAACUUUUCUCUUAAUUUUGAAGACGACGUAUAUCUUGCAAACGUUGAUAUUGAUAAAUAUGAGAAAUCACAUAUUCUGGAGAAGAGUCAAUCGUUUAAUGUAUUAAGUAUGUCAGAAUUAAAAAAUGUUACUACACGCAAACGCAAUAAUAAAAAUAAUCAUGAAAAUAUCAAAUGUAAAGAUAUAGCAGCAGAUGGAAACUUAGAUAGUAAUGCUACGUCUUUGACUCAAAAUUUUACAAGCAUUAGGAAAUUCAAAAGAAAAUCUUUAUCCGAGGGACAGAUUGAUACAAAUAGAUUAUGUAAUCAAGGGGCUACAUCUACACGUGUAGCCAUGCAAUUCCAGUGUAAUUACAUUCAAAACAUUGGAAACGCAAAAACGCCUAAAAUAACUGAUAAAGAAGUUACACCUCCGCCUGAGUACAACGACAUGAGCACUCCUGAAUUACACAGAGAAAUGAAGAAAUAUGGAUUAAAGGUACAAAAACGUAGCAGAGCUGUAAAAUUGUUAACGCAUAUUUAUAACGAACUUCAUCCUUUAGUGCCUGAAAAAAUAAUAGGACAGCAAAUUACUGAAAUUUCGAGCGAUGAAGACGAUGGUCCUCCAUCGAAAAAACGAAACGUAGAUGAUAACAGUUUGGAAAAGUCGAGUAAUGCAGAAGACAGUGGUGAUGAAUUCCCUUGUUCUCGUGAUAGCAAUGAUAGUGUAAGUUCCGCAAAAGGAACAAUCAACAAAGAAAUGCUGUUUUACGAAACCGCGUCAUUAUCGACAUUGGAGAAUUCAUCGGACAUCUCGGAAGCCUUUAUGAAAUUAAUCAAUAUUGAUACAGAUUUAUAUAACAAAAUAUUGCAGUAUGAACCUGUAAAUAUUGAACAGUUGCGUUCUAUGUUGCAAACACGUGGGUUUAAAUGCAAGCUCUCUAAUCUCAUGAGCUUUCUAGAUCAACAGUGUAUUACAUUUUACGCGCCAGAACAGAGCGUCAAGAGCAGGACUCGCAGAAAGACAUAGUUUCUACAAAAAUGAAAUGUAUCUGAGAACAUUUAGAUUUAUAAUUUCUUUAUAAUAAAAUAUAUGAAUAUCUAUAAUUAGCAAACAUUAAUAUAUAUUAUAUUUUAUAUGAUUCAAUACGUAUGUAAUAUCAGUUUUGUUAAUAACAUU